AGAUGAAUUAGAAGACUUCUGAGGACACCAUCUUUGCUUUCUUCAAAUGUAAAAUGCAAAGUAACCUCAGGCAGCACAUCACCUCUAUGGCUUAUGGCAGCAAUAUACAUAUGUAUAUGGUGACUACAAAAAGCGGGAGCUGUGACUUGCUGCACAUGAAGUCCCUACGCCUGAAAUCCUGUUGAUGCAUGGCAAGGUGAAUGACAUUAUUCCACUUGGUGGUCCAUCACGUCAAAGAACCGACGAUAAAGGAAGAGCUCACCCAGUGUCCCAAUGCUCAUCUCAGGAGAUACAUAAAAAGAAUACACACACACUUAAGCCUUUAAACCCACUCUCACGACAUACGCCUUCUCAGAAAUCUUCUGUGGUGGAGAGAGGGAAUAGAGCUGCUGUGACAUUUACUUCAGGCUCUACGAAGGGUUUUUCAGGAAGCCAGCAGAGUCUCUACAAUUGUUAUGUACCAAUACAAAAAGUACAAUUGAACAACCACCACCACCUAAAUAAUAAUGGAUCAUACCAGUCUGCUGUUAAAAAGGAUGCACCUUUACAAAGGCAGGGCUCCUAUGACAAACAGAAAGAAUUUGCCCUUGCUUUAUGUAAGCAGCUGAAUGAGAAUUUGAAGGUUGAAAGGCCUGUGCUGCAGAAAGGGAAUACUUUGCAUAAGAUGCUUUCUGUUCAGCCUCCUCUCAGUUCCUCUUCUAUAUCUGAGAGCAACAAACAGUCAGCCCCACCAAACUCUCAGAGAAGACAAAGUCUUGACCGUAGGGUGAUUCAGCAAAGUCAGCAGUCUGUUGAGAAGAUGGACAAGCCAAUUGAUUUGGAUGACAUCUCAUCUUCACCUAGUCAGGAUGAUGUGCAUGUGCAGGCAGCUACACCAGCAGGUGGCAGAUCUUUAUCUUUGAAAAGACGAAGAGAAUCCAGUGCAGAACGACAUGGAGAGAGCAAGAAUUUGUGUCAAAAAGAAAGUGGAUUUACCCCAUCUUCUAAUAGUGGCAGCUCUUCCCAAAUUAGCUCAUCGCCAAAGUUUAUCAAAUGUGCCUUCUUGAAGACAAGUAAUGCAGCUGUGCUGACUUUAAGUGAGAAAUGCUCCCCAGCAUUAAAUAAUAGUCCUGGAGACAGAAUAAUGGCUUCAAACCAUGUAGCUAAACAGCUUUUUCCAGAACCAAGGACAGACAAUCAUGGACUCCAGACUGCAACUCUGAGCACUGUGGUCCAUGAAACAGAUCAUCAGAAAGAACUGAUGCAAAGAUCUACGGAAAACAAAUGUCCUUUAGGUUACUCAGUCACUGAUGGCCAAUGCCACUCACCUUCUAGUACACUUAUCCCAAAACAGGAAGAAAGGUGUUCGCCUGUUUCCUCAGGCACAAGUUUUUCACCAGACCAUAAGGAUCGGUUUAAAACCAUCUCUCCUCUCCAGCAACCAGAAGCUACUUUACCCAGCUCUCAGCACAGCACAGGCUCACACGUGGCAAAAACCCUUACCAAAGGCAAGAAGGAUGAAGAUGAGAAGGAAGACCUGGUGUGGAAGGAUCCUCUGGAUUUGGAGUUUGAGGAAGAUGUGGGGUUGGAGAUCUGUGCUCUUAGCCUCAGCAGCAGCCAUAGUAGUGAGGAGGACCGUCUGCUGUCUUUGCAGGAGAUCCUGCAGCACAGUGCCCGUGUGCCUGCCACUCCAGAUAAGGCGGCAUUCUCCGAGCCCAGCACUCCAGGCAUUAAAGUUUCUGCAGAGGAUCUUAAAAAGAAGGCUACAAGUUACAAGAACACGCUGGAUCAAAUGCUGAAAGAGAAGGAGCAAAAUCUGAAAUCUAAGGAGCUGGAAAUGCAGCUGCUUCAAACUUGUAAAGAAGACCUGUUAAAAUUGGAAGAAGAGGAUGAAAAUACAGAAGAAGGACUUUCACAUGAACAGAAGGAAUUCUUACAGAGAUUCUCAGUUACCUCAUGUGUCAUAAGAGACAUCCACCCUGGAGAGGAAGUAUUCACUCUCACCAACUCUGGCCGACUCUUUAACCAACAGAGUCUGGACUUAAGGAAGAUGGGUGUUACACCAAACAACAGAGCACAGCAGACUCUGCUACAAGCACAUUCAGAGCAGCUUCUGUUGCUGCUGAGUGCAGGCUUGUUUAGAAGAGCAUACUCAUCCUCCCCCUGCCAGCCUCAGGUGACCCGCUGGCUUUUUCAGAUGAUGUCAGUCCACCCAAACCCCAUCGUGUCUGCACAGAUUCUUCAAACUUUGAUGCACAUUGCCUUAUCUGCUGCUCAACAAAUAGUGGAGAAAAGCAAUAAGAAGUACGAGGUGUGGGUGCCCAGCAUUCAAGAUGUUGCAUUGGUCUUCCUCAACAUGGGUGUGCCGUUUGUCAGUUUGUUUCCAUUGGAGGAUCUACAACCCCCCUUUAAUGAGGGAGAUCUGCUAGAGAGUAUGGAAAUCCAGCCUGAUGGACCAAAAAGUGAGAAAGGUGGUGGCACAUUUCCAGAGCACAAUUUUGAGAACAUUAUUAAGUACCUGGCACUAUGUACAGCCCUGUGUCCAAGGGUGUAUGGUGAUGAGGAGCUGCUCCUGAUGUUGACAGUGGUGUUAAGAGUCAGUCUAGAGACACGUUUACAGCUGCUGCCCACUGGAGACCUCAGCUGCCUGCUACAGCACCUCCUGAACAACAUGACAAACUGGGAAAUGCAGUUGGCUCGUGUUUGCCAGGCCAUCACUAAUUUGAGUGAGGAUCACCACAACCUCAGACGUCUGGUACAGCUUCUACCUCACAGUGGCCGAGGAAAGCAAUUGAGGAGACAUGUGAGCGUGUCGAUCAUCUCUAAACUGUUAAACCACAGAUGCACUUAUACACCUUCAUGCACAGAAUUUCAGCUCUCUGAUCUGAGAUGUUACCUGCCUCGAAUGCGCCCUUCACUGCUGUUAAAGGGCUUAAUAGCUGCAAAGACCACAGAGCCACAGGAGACUGAUGACUGUUCCACCAAUCCAGACCAACAGGCUUAUUACCUCUGCUAUAGCCUUUUGGCUUUGACAAACGAAGCUUCCAAUUUUGAGUUUUUGCCAUCGAAACAGAGAAACGAACUGCUGCUACUGUCUGCUGAACUUGAGAAACACAUUAAAUGUGACAUCAGGGAGAGCGAGAAAAUGCUUUACAGGAGUAAGGUGAAAGACUUUGUUGCUCGAAUAUACACCAAAUGGCAGGUGCUUCUCCAGAGAUCAAGACCACAGGAGGGAAAGCUUUAUGAUUACUGGAAACCUCUUCCUGAGGACGAAACACCCAAAAAUAAAACAAUCGAAUUGACUGAGCAGGAAGACACCGAAGAGUCACUGAGUGAGGAGUCAGACAUGGACCAAUCUGAUGAGAAAGAGUGCACAGAGGAGGAAGAUGAAGUACCAAUGGAGAGUGAGGAAAAGCUAGAGGACAGUGCUGAAAAGAUUCAAGAGGAGACUGAAGAAUUACAUAUGGUUUCGUGUAAAAUAAAAGACAAACAAACUUUAAUAAACCUGAAUGACAAAGAUACAGAUGAGGCAAAAGAUGACACAGCAACAAAUCACAAACACAAACAAAACCAACUAUUAGGAGAAAGUUCGGAAGGGUCAGUAGAGAACGAAGAGGAUAAAAACCCCAUUUAUUUAAUGAGGUCUUCAUCCUUGUCGCUCUCUACUGACCCUUCCGAAGAAGAAGAGCUUCUUAAAGAUGACGGUUCUCUAAAUAGAAAUGGAGAACUUUCAGACGGAGAAAACGAUGAGCCUGAGAAACUAGAGCUUUUAGGCGAGCAUGCAGAUGUGUUGGAGAAAACAUAUAAUUUGCUCUUUGAUGAAUAGUCAUUUAUUGACAUCUGGACAUGGUUGCUCUUCUUCCUUGUAAGUGACUUGGGAGUCAUCAUGUGAAUGUUGAAGGAGGUUUUGCUCAGAGUUUAAACUAUGCAGUUUUUAAAAUGUGUAAAUGUGUGGAGAGCAAGUUUCCCUAUUUCACUCUUUGGAAAUUGAGUUCUCUCUCUUGGGUUUUCCACACAUUUAUUUUGCCGUAGUACUUAGUAUAAUAGUGCAAGGCAUUUACUCACUCUGUUCCAGUCACUGUGCUACAGUGUGAAAGAACAAUUAUUCUCUCCUAUAAAUGUAAAGCAUAAUGCACUGUACUGCCUUACCAAUCCAUUAGAGGGCGUUUUCUUUAUUCAGUUACUGGCACAUGGUUUCUCAUCUUUAAGCAGCAGUUAUCUUUGUAAUGUUUAUUUAUGUGGGGGUUUUCUUUUAAACAUUUUUCCCAGGUAUUUUUAAGAAACAGUGAACAUGCCUGCUAAUAAGUGUUAAUAAGACACAGCAAAAUACAUUUCCAUGUUUCCGUGGCCAUUUACAAGCACAGAAAAUAGUUUAAUGUUUUUAUACAUGUAAUAUCUUCAUCACAAUAAAAAAUUAAUAAAUAAUGGGCAAAUAAUCUGUUUACAUACAUUAUAGUAUGCAAAUGUAUACCUGGCAAAAAAAAAACCAAACAAAAAAAAAAACGGAUUAUUAUUUAUACUGGAAUGUUCUAAUAUUGUAUGGUAGAAAGAUACUGUUCAUAUAUUAAAAAUUUGUAUUUACUAUAUUUUUUUAAUUAUAAAGUUUAUUAAAUUUCCACUUGAUAUCAGUAGUGCAAUUCUUUACUUUGAUGCCAUUAUGUUAUCCUGGAAUAUCUUAGUUUAACAAAUUUUGUCCUCAUGAUUCUGGGAUUUGGGGAAAAUUUGCAUCUGAAGCCUUCAGCUCUAAAAUGAAUAUAUACAUACGUCAUAAGGUGUAUAAAAUGUGCAUAGAAAGUUCCGUAUUAAAUAAACUUUGCUGUAUGUCUGUUUUCCAAUUGCACUAGAUGUCACUCAGGAGGUGGUUGAAGGACUUCUUUGUUAUAUACAAAUGUUUUAAAUAUUUUUUGAUGUAUACAUAUUUGUAAAAUAAAAAAAAUUUAUUAA